GAGAAGAAGGAAGCAGGAGGAAUUACUGCAGGAGAAACUACUGACAUACUAUUGUAAAGAUGGAGAUGGAGAUUAAAGAAGAACCCUGCACAAUAAAAGAAGAAGUUACAGAGGAACUAAUAGACCCGAUGGAAGUGAAUGAAGACAAACAGCAUCAGACUCAUAAACCUCAUAAUUUCACAAAUGAAGAUGGAAAUGCAGUCGUUUCAAAGAAAAAGAAUUUCACACAAAAACAAACUCGAAAAACUGUCAAAGGAUCUUUCACCUGCUCUGAAUGUGGAAAGACUUUAAAACAUAAAUCAAACCUUAAGAAGCAUAUGAGAAUUCAUAUUGGAGAAAAAAAGUUCACAUGCACUCAAUGUGGAAAGAGCUACAGACAUAAUGGACACUUAAAUGAGCACAUGAAAGUUCACACUGGUGAAAAACCGUUCACAUGCACUCAGUGUGGAAAGAGUUUUGUUCGCAAAAAAGUUCUCAAAGAGCAUCUGCGCCGUCACUCAGGAGUGAAGUCAUUCAGCUGUGAUCAGUGUGAUAAAACAUUUGUUGUGGAAUCAAACUUGAGACAACACCUUAUAGUUCAUGCUGCUGUGAAGCCUCACGUUUGUUCUUUUUGUGGAAAGAGUAUUUCACGACUGCAACAUUUAAAAGAGCAUGAGAGUACUCAUACUGGUGAGAGACCUUAUAUUUGCUCUGACUGUGGGAAGAGCUUCACUACAUCUAGCAACCUAAAAAGACACCAGAGAAUUCAUACUGGAGAGAAACCGUAUAAGUGCUCACACUGUGGACAGUGUUUCAUCCAAUUAAAUAGUUUAAAUUAUCAUAAGAAAAAGCUCUGCACGAAGGUGUCUAAAUGAGCAAAUGUUCAUAUUUAGAUCCAUUACUCACAAAUAAUACACAUACAAGUAAAUAAUUUGACAUUCACAUUCAGCAAAAACUGGAAUUUGUUUCCAUAGUGAUUUAAGAGUGUAAUUUGCUAAAAAAUUGUUAAUUUGUAAAAGAACAUUUUGGCAGGGUCAGUAAUAGUUCAUAUAAAACUAUUGUUGCUGUAAAAUGUGAUUUAUGAAGAGAUGUUUUGAUCCUUUGAAAGAAAUGCUCUGUACAUUUGGACACUAAGAGAAAUAAAAAUGAGCAGAGCUAAUGUGACUUAAUGAAUAAACUUGUUUACAUGAAAUGGAGGGAAACCACAUCAACUUCACACAUGCAAUCAUGUUAAAAUCACAUUUCAAAUAUGUGAAAUGUGGUUUUGGAACAUUCUCAUGGUGAAACCCAAAAUUCAUGUGUUUUUUCUUCAAGGGUAAACAUUGUACUCAAUAUCGAGCAAGGGUGUACUAAUAAAUAACACUUUACAUUUGCAGUUGCAAUCUUCACACUGUACAGUGUUUUACACUGAUUUACUGAAAGAUACUCUGCUUUCAUUGGUUUACUACACUAGUCAACAUUUGAAGUGGAUCAAAAACUUUCAUAAAAGUUGUCCUAAAACCUUCUUCUUAGGACAACUUUGAAAUUUUUUGAUCCAAUUCAAAUGUUGAUUACUGUAUAAGACGGUGUCAUUUGUUCAGUUUGCCUGUUUUUUCUUUGCUCACAGACACUGAUCUCUUAUAUUCACUGUAUUAAAGGACUGUUCAUCAUUUGGACUGAUGUCAUAUUUGUAUUAAUACCACUGCCCAGUUUGAUGAAUACAUUUAAGGGGUGUAAUGAUAUCAGUUUUCAAGUCAAGGUUAACUUUGGGAUGUUUUCAGUACAAUUGUGGGGGGAAAAAAAUAACAUAAAAAAUAAUAAUUUUAUUAAAUCUUUCUAAUAAGAUUGUUACUGAACAAACUGUGGUUCUUACAAGAGGACUUAUAAAAGGGAAUAUCAUCUAGAGGUCAAAAUGAACUGACUUUUAAGAGCACUUAAGCUUAUCUUUUAUCUUUUGGCUUAUCUUUCAUAUAUCUUUGAGAAACUAUUUGAUAAAAUUCAAAUUAAUUAAACUAUUAUUUUAUUGCCUUUAUCAUACUUUAAGCAGAUUUUGUGUGGUUUUGAUCCUCAGAACAACUCGCAUGAGUUUCUAUAUGAAGUUAGGAGAAUAGUUUGUCAAUUUCCUCUAGAUGGCGACAUUUGUUUUAAUUUCAACCACAUGAUGUUGAGUUCAUCAUGGUUCACAAAAUGACUGUUGAAGAGACUUUAUCAGACUGUUAGUGCAUUAAUUUUUUUACUAUGAGAAAUCUAAAUCUGACAACUUAUACAUGCAUUAAGCUCGAACAGUGUCCAAUGCAAAUGAAUGACUAUUAAGAGCUGGUUAAUUUUACUGAAUAAAAACACUUCUAAACCAGUGGGAGUGUCAAACUCGACUGACAAAUUAGGAUCUCUCCUGAGAGUCCAGUCACCUUCGAGUGUAAACUAAAGGAGCCAAUGGACAUUGGCAAGCGAGAUUUGCAUCGCGAACCAUGCCCCUACGAAGCGGGUAUAAAAGGAAGCUCUUCAGAGAGUGUUGGUGUGAAGGCACGUCAGCGGUGGUCGCGAUUAAAAGCCUUUUCCUACUGCUUGCUGCAGUUUCACUGAAAGAGCAUUGCACACUGCAGGCUUUAAAUUGGUCUUGCAAGUUGUGCUGCAACCAUCUCCCCUCACUAAAAUGUAAAAAUGUCACAUUUACCAUCACUUUUACCUUAGAAAAGCCAUUCAAUGUCCAAAAACUUAUUAGUCAGCUACAAAAAUUAACUUGGAAAGGAUCAUUUUGCUAAAUAUAUGCACUAUGCGAUUGCAUAUUCAUUGUAUUUGUACUUAAUGUGCUUCAAUAUUGAAUGUAUAAAUCCGUUUUAUGCGUUUUCCUUCUUUCCCUUUAUUGACUGAUGAGGAAAAUUUAAGUUGAAAAAUUUGAGGCUCCCUGAAUUAUUUUUCAUUUCU